AUGCGACUCGCCCGCCCAUUUCUCGUCCUCAGUCUCUGUUCAGUUCAGAAGAUCUCUCAUUUGAGAAUAUGACGAAAAUUCCUGCUCAAUAGCUUUUUCUCUGAUAAAUAGUUCAAAAACUACAGUCUGUUGCGAAUCAAAUAAGUCACACGUACUGAGAUUCCAGAGUGGUUCCUGGAGGUGUUAGGGCGGAAAAGAACCCUUAUAGGGUCCGAAAAUGUGGUCCCUAUGGGGUAAAAUUAAGGUGGUCCCUGUAAAAGUUUAGGGUCUGACCCCUUGGCCCCUAAAUCACAAGUGAAUCCUAUAGGGGUCUUUCAAUUUCAUUCAAGAACGCUUAUUUAUUGCGUUUUUCACAUGAAAAUGCUUCUUCGCUUAGAGUUCAGAACAACUAGCGAAGAGCAUGUUCCCUAUAGGGAUAACUUUUGCAAGCUUUAGUGGCCCCUACAGGGGUUGGUAAAGUGAGGGAUCCUUCAAGGGCCCCUCUAGGGACCACUCUGGAGCUCCGAAGUAAACUAUCCUCAUAUUUCAGCCGGAUCAACACCGAGGUCAUUCUCGACGACGUCUCAAAUCUGCCUACCAUAUAGGUUGCAGAAAAAUAGUUCCGUAACUCAAGAGAAUUUCAGGACUCCGAGAGGAACGAGUAGAAAAUCUCGUAGGGCAAUUCGCUUAAAACACAGUGUUAUUUAUUUUUUUUUUCUUGAAUAGGAAGUUCAAAACGUUUUCAGGGUGUUCAAUACUCGUUAACUCACGCUCCUCCAAGUUUUCUCCAACCCUUCCAACAGUCGAACAAUGCCGAGUCUUCAUCUAUUCUCUUUCCCAAGUAACACUCAAACGUUUUCCUUAGGAACUGCGUCAUCAACUUUUAUGGAAGUCAAAAGUGUUUUUUUUUUGUAAUUAGCGGAAGGGCGAGUCUUCGACAAACUUUGACCCGAUUUCAAGUUUACAAGUCAAAACCUGUAUACCACUAAUUGUUCCACUCUUUCUGAUAACGUUUUUUUUUUUUGCAUUCGUUCCAGUUACUUUCUGAAAAAUAUGAGAACGGCUGGAAAUUUUCGAAAUGUUUUUUGGCCCCUGCGUACAAAAUCUUAGGAGCUCCAGAGUGGCCCCUAUAGGGGCAAUCCUGGGCCCUUGAAGGGUACCCUCUAUGGACCACUUAUUAAUUCCUUAAAAACUUUUUGAAUGAAAAUUAGGGACCCUAUAGGGACAACUUAAGCUUAAGGGGCUAAGGUGUCAGACCCUAAUUCUGAACUGGAGCGGCUAAAGACGCGCCCGAGUUUUUCUCUGCCGCAUGCUAUUUCUUCACUCUCUGACUGCGAGAAAACGACGAAACAGCAUGCGGCAGAGAAAUUUUCGGGCGCGCCUUCAUGCGCUCCAGAUCAGAGAAACUUCUAUAGGAACCACCUUGAAUUUACCCCCACAAGGACCACUUUUUCGGCUGCUGUAGCGGCUCUUUUCUUCCCUGACCUCUAUAGGGACCACUCUAGAAUUCCUGAGAUGGUAUGAAGUUUUACAGUCUGUACAACCUCGAGCUUUGAAAAAAAAAACUUUUCGAAAACGAAAUGUUUUUAAACUUGAAAGAACCUCAAAAAAGAUCAAUGAAACAGAAUUUUCAGAAAUAAAAACAAUAUUUGAAGGGAAAUCGUGGCUCACCUCGAUAAACUGGUAGUAGGUCAAAGCGAUGCAAAAAGGAGCCUGGCCGUCGGCGUGUACCAACAUUUCCGACGUCUCGAAAACAACGAAAAAGCUUUGACUGUGGGUGUCUUGGGACAUUGAAAUCGAGACCUUCUCUCACAGAAAUGGGCCUUUGCUGAACUCCGUCUUCGUGGACCCGCAGCAGAAGACGAAGAGUCUGUUUUUUUUUCUACUCAAUUUCUCCAUUUUCUGAUGAAUACUCAUCAUAAUAUCUUCCAGGAGGACUCCGCCACAAAAGAAGUCCCAACGACAAAUUUUAAAAGAAAUUCAAAAAAGAGAAGUUGCUGGAAUCUUCAAACCUUUGAGCAUUAUUAUUCUUCAGGAUAUACUAUUGGAGAAGGCGAAUAUCGUACUUAUGGGACCUUCAGGAACCGGAAAGACUUACAUAACUCAGAAACUUGCAGAAAUACUCGAUGUUCCUUUAGGUUCUUUUUUUCUGGCUUCGAAUAUAAAAAGUAUUUUCAAUAGUUUAUCAAAAUCUAUCGUAACCGACGGCUCUUUUUGAAUUUCGUCACAAAAUCUACCAUGAGAACUUUGAAAAACACCACCAACAAAGAGCGAAAAAGUUGUCCCUAUAGGUGUAAUUCGAAGUGGUUUUUAUAGGGGUUUAUGGUCUGACCCCUUAGCCCCUAAAGCUUAAGGGGCCCCUAUAGGGAUCUCAUUCAAAAAACGCCUAUUUUUUGGUUUUUCUCAUGGAAAUUUCUUUGCAGUUCAUAGGAAUUCACGACUGACAUGUCCCCUAUAGGGGUCACUAUCUAAAAUCCUUAUAGAAACCACUUUUGCGAGCUUUAGUGACCUUUACAGGGAUCGGUAAAGUGGCCCCUUGAGAGGACCCUUCAAAACGUUGCCCCUAUAGGGACCACUCUGGAAUUCCUAGGUAUACUUUCGUCCAAACUUGGCUAACAAGUAAAGGCGUGAAAUUUCAUAUCGCAAUCAAGUUUCUCCGAAAAAUCUUUCAUCAAAGUUUAAUGAAUUUUUAAAAGUGGUUCUUUUCGCAUUUUCCUUAACGGCCUUUGGUUCAUAUAUGUGCUAAAUCCAACACUGACUGGCUAGAAUAAAACAAAUUCCCAAAUGAUUUCCAAUUACUUUCCAAUCCAGCUAAUAAGUGUUUUAACACUGACUAUUAGAAUAGUCCGAUAAUUUGUUCCAGUUGUGUGCGACUGCACGACCCUCACCCAAGCCGGCUACGUCGGAGAUGACGUCGACACGGUCAUCCAGAAGCUCUUCGAAGCUGCUGACUACGACGUCGACCGAUGUCAAGUCCGAACUUUUGUUCUUUUAUUCAUGUUUUUUGUUCUUUUUUCAGCGCGGCAUUGUUUUUCUCGACGAGUUUGACAAACUGUACACGUCAGCCGAUCCGAUGCACACGGCCGGCAAUAGAGGUUCACCUUUAUUUUCGACCCUAUAAGGGUUAAGGAUCAAAAAAGUGGUCCCUUUAGGGGUUUAGGGUCUGACCCCUUAGCCUCUGAAGCUUAAGUGGAUCCUAUAGGGGUCUCUCAAUUUCAUUCAACUACGCUCAGUUAUUCAGUUUUUCCCAUGGAAAUGCUUCUUCGCUAAGAGCUCAUCACAUUUAUUGACUAGAAUGUUCCCUAUAGGGGCCACUAACUAAAACCCCUUUAGGGACCACUUUCGCGAGCUUAGUGGCCCGCAUAGAGGUUGAUAAAGCGGUCCCUAGAGGGCCCUAAGGUUGCCCCAAUAAGGACCACUUCCUAAAUUUCUUGAGCCUCAAAGUCAUAUAAGAGGCUCAAUAAAAGUCCCACUUUGCCCAAUUUUUUUAAAAAUUUUUUUAAAGCCCGGCACACUUGCAGACGUCGGAGGCAAAGGUGUUCAGCAAGCUUUAUUAAAACUCGUUGAGGGUACUAGCCUCAGGAUAAAAGAUCCACUACAAUCCAAGCGCAAGGCUAGAUAAGUCUUCGUAGGAUUGUUCAGUUUGAAAUUACAGGUGGAAAUCGACACAACUAACAUUCUUUUCAUCGCAUCCGGAGCCUUCUCUAAUAUCGAAAGAGUUGUUGCAAGACGUAUAGAGAAAAGGUGCAUAGUAUGAGUGUAUUUAUGGCUGAUUCACGGCUGGCUUGAGCUAUCGAAAAAAGGGUCCCGAAAAGAUAAUGCACGAGACACUUCCUGACUCGUGGAGAGCGCAGACAGGCCACGCCCCCUUAGCGUCUGGCCGUGAAUCAGCUUAAUGGAUGAGCUCUCUAAAAACCGUCUCUAGGACCCUCGGCUUUGGAGGAAUGUCGACGGAAAGCAUCGAGAAGCUUGACGGCGACGAUGAACGAAUCUCCUCGAAAGUCAAGGACGAACUACUUCGGCAGUGCGACCAAGGAGAUAUGAUCCGGUGGGUCAGCUCUCUUCUUUUCGAACAUCAUGACUCACUUGCAGAUUCGGCAUGAUCCCGGAGCUUGUCGGCCGUUUCCCCGUGAUCGUUCCCUUCCACUCUCUUGAUGAGUCGCACCUCAUGAACGUGCUGAGCGAACCACGCGGCAACCUUGUUUCCCAGGCUCAGCGCUAUUUUCAGCUCGACGACAUCGAGCUCACGUCAGAAUUCUUGUUUAUAUGCUUUUUCAAAAAUCUGCGUCGCUUUUGAAAUUUUCCUAACGAUAUAUGUUCAUUGUUUGAAACCCCAGAGUGGUCCUUUCUAGGAACCACUUUUCCAACCCCUAUAGGGGCCACUAAAACUUGCAAAAGUGGUCUCUAAAGGGGACACGCUAGUCGAAAACUUUUAUGAACUUCAAGAAGAAGCCUUUGCAUUCGAAAAAUUGAAUGAAUAAGCGUUUUAAAAUAAAUUCGAAGUUCCCUAUAGGGUCCACUUGAGCUUUAGAGGCUAAGGGGUCAGAUCCUUAACCCCUAUAGGGGCCACUUUUUCGACUCCUAUAAGGGUUCUUUUCUUCCUAACCCCUAUAGGAACCACUCUGGAGCUCCUGAGUACGUUUCUUUGUCUACAGUAAUUCGAAAAUGUUUUGUGACAAGCUAGUUGAUUCGAGCGAUAACGAAAUCAUGUUUUUGAAUAAAAAUAUUUUUCAGAUUCUCGAAAUGUGCCCUACAAGAAAUAGCGAAGAUAGCUGCGCAGAGAAAAACAGGGGCUCGAGCUCUCAAGUAAUUUCCCUUAUAAAGGCUCCAACUAUUGCGAUUGCAGGUCAAUCGUAGAGAAGACCCUAAUCGAAGCCAAGUACGAACUGCCUGGAACGACGACCCGAGCGGUCCGGGUCACAGCGAAGACGGUUCGCGGCCAAGGCUAUCAGAUCGUGGAUGACACUGUAGAUGAUGAUAAACUCAUUUGA